AUGAACAUUGACAAGGAUGUAGAAUGGGUUGGAGGUUCUUCUAAAAGUAAUGUACCUGAAGAUACACAACAAGGUGACUUGGAAGUGAUCAACACAGAGGUUUUGUUGUCUGGGUCUUCAUCAGAUGAGGAAAAUGAUGGUUUAAGGGAUUAUGUUUUAGAGGUACAAGCACGUAACCCAGAUACUACGGUUAAAAUUGAUGUUGAAAGUGAAGCGAAUCCAACUGUUGAGACAAGAACAUUCAGGCGUAUCUAUGUUUGCAUUGGAGCUUUGAAGCGAGGUUUUGCAGCGGGAAGAAGGGACUUUCUUGGACUUGAUGGAGCCUUCAUGAAAGGUCCAUAUCCAGGCCAAGUUUUGUCUGCUAUGGCAUUGGAUGGUAAUAAUGGGAUAUAUCCUUUAGACUACGCCGUGGUUGAAUCAGAAACAUUGAAUUCUUGGACUUGGUUUUUAAGUAAUUUGGGUGAUGACUUAGGUUUGUUGCCUGCGAUUGCAACACUAUUUCCAUGUGCAGAGCAUCGCUAUUGUCUUCGUCACAUACACAACAACAUGAAAAAGAACUGGAGGGGAAAGGAGUUCAAGGAUCUUCUUUGGGAAUGUGCCACGACCUCUAAUGUAGAACACUUUCAUCAAGCAAUGGAAAACCUAAAGAAGCUUAACAAUGAUGCUUAUGAGUGGCUGAAACAAAUACCUCCUCAAAGUUGGGCGUGCUCCCACUUUACUGGGAGAGCACAUUGUGAUGCUUUGACUAAUAACCUGUGUGAAGCAUUCAACAACAAGAUAGAAGAAGGUCGUGAUGCACUAAUCAUUAACUGCAUUGAGUUCAUUAGAGAGUACAUUAUGAAGAAGAUAGUCAAAGUUGACAAGGAAAUUCAGAAAGUUGCAGGUCCUUUGAGUCCUACAGCUACAAUAAUAUUGGAUAAGAUAAAGAGUAAGGCAAAACAGUAUGUUGCAACAUUUUGUGGUACUGGAAAAUAUCAAGUUGCUGGACUAUGGCAAGAUCAGUGUAUUGUGGAUGUAGGUCAACAAAGUUGCACGUACAAAAGGUGGGAAUUAACAGGAAUUCCGUGCAAACAUGGUGUGGCUGCUAUUUGGGACAUAGGGGGAAUAACAAAGAUGUGGGAAUCCCAGAAUCAUUUGUGCAUCCAUGUUACUAGUUAUCAAGAUGGAAAAAGAUGUAUUCUUUUAAGGGUCGUCGAUAACUCCAUCUUAGUUACAAAUGGGAACUACUAGAGGAGUGAUUAGUGAUAAAUGGUCCAUGAGGGUUCUCUGGCUUACAGCCAUUGGAAGUGCUGUAGGCUUAUACAUGGUUGCUGUAGAAAGACAAACACAAAACAGGGAAAAGAUGUUAGCUGCAGCAGCUGAAGCAGAAGCCAACAACAGUGUUUGAUUGCCUCAUUUACCAUAUUUUUCUUUUUCUUUUUCUUUUAGACAAUGAUGUAAUAAAUGAGAAUUAUGUUUAUUCCCAAUAUCUUUUUAGGGUUUAUGUCAUAAUUUAACAACCAACUAUUCUAUUAUAUGUGCUCAUUUAGUGAUUUUCAACUAUUUUGUAUGUUCUCAUUAAGUCGAU